AUGGGUUAUGAGGUAGAUGCAAGUAUUUUGGAUGCAUAUGCUAGGAUUCUUAUUGAUGCACUAGAAGAUGAAUUUGAAAAAUCAUUUGGGACUGCUAAGCAGAAAGAACUUGAAGUGAAAACUAGAUUCAAUCAGAAGAAGAGAGAGAGGCAGCAAAAGAAAGUUAGUCAAUUUGUUGAAAAGGUUUCAAAAGACAUUCAAACAUUAAUUGAUGCAUCAUCAGCCAAAGAAGCCAAGAAGAGAAAACAACUUGAAGCUCUCCUUGCACUAAUUACUUCUGACACUAAGACUGAGGAUGAAAUUCCUCUAUCUUUCAAAAGGGUGCAAAGAAAGAAGGUAGAAGAACCAAAGGAGAAAGCUGAGAAGACAAGGAAGCAGUCGGCAAGGAAGGUAACCAUCAAGAUAUCAGAAAGUCGGCCAGCUAAAAGGAAGCCUACUCAGAAGAAAAGGCUAGUGAAAGAAACUCCUGGAUCAUCCGACAAGAAGAACAAGAAGGAAGACAUAGAUGAAGCUAUUGAAACCGGUAAUGUAACCAUCAUUUCACCUAUGUCUUGUGCUGAGUUAAUAGAUGAGAUAACAAAGGAAGCUAAUCCUAGGUCUGACACUUCAGACAUCCUGGUUGAUGGUAAAGGCAAAGGUGUAGUGGAUAGCCCAUCCACAAUUUUGAAAGAUGUCAAGGAAUUGAAUGCAGAUUCUUUGGUAGAAGCAAAUUUACAGAAUAAAGAGGAGAUACAAGCAGAGAAGACUGGUGUACAUAUUGAACAGGUUAUAGAUGUUGAGGACAAUAGUCCUCUAGAUCAGAAUGAACAAGUUAUGGAUACAACAAAUGUAAAACCGGUAGUAAUAGAUACUACACCAAGUGGCGAAACCACCGAUGCAAAAGAAGUUAAUAUAGGAGAAAAUCAACCAGAAGAGAAAGCUGAAGAGAAAAAUCUGGAAGAAGAGAAGGAAAAGGAAACUAAGAUAAGUGUUUCUGCACAAUCAUCAGAGAAAAGGGAAGAGGAAUCCGGCAGGGAACCGGUCGCUAGGGCUACAUUGUUUGCAAUAACCACUGCUAAUGUUGAGCAAAAGAGCAUAACAGAGAUGAGUUCAAAUGAACUCAUGAUGAUUGUAGCUCAUAAAAUGAUCAAGGAAGGGACUAAGGAGAAGUAA